CGUCAGCGCCUCGGCGGCGCGAUGGAGCUGGUGGCCGAGCUGCGGAGCGGCGGCGGGGAGGCGCGCUCGGUGCGCGUGCGGUGCCCGGCGGCGGAGGAGGGGCCGGGCGGGCGGCUGCGCGCGCUGCGCCUGGGGCUGGGCGAGCUGCAGGAGCGCCUCGUGCAGCUGCUGGCGCCGCUCGAGCGGCCGGAGGCGGGAAGCGGCGGCGGCGCCGAGGAGGACGAGGAAGAGGAGGAGGAGGAGGACGAAGACGAGGAGAACAGCGUGGAGGGAAGCAGCGUGCCCGAGGACCCCCCGCCGAAGAGGACGAGGGUGCAGCGGCCCUGAGUGAGGCGGCCCGCGGGGGCUGCCCCUGCGGAGCGCGGCGUCGCCUCCAAAUGACAAUAAAAGAAAAAAAAAAAAA